CGUACCCUUCUCAACAGCAUUUCGGGAGCCGCUUCCGUGUAGUGAGUAUUGAGGGUGUUUAAAGUUUUAUUCUUCUUUAAUGCCAGUGGAAAAUAAAUGUGUAGUCUAAUUUUUACCUUGAAGUAAAAAUAAAGAUAUUUAUAAAUUUUAAAAAACAAAACACGAAAAAGAUUAUAGAUGGAAAAUUAAUAUUUAGGUACUUGAAUGUGAUAAUAGGUAGAAAAGACUGAAAAAUCGUUGUAUAUGAUUCAAAAUAUACACAUUCCAUAACUGUGCCACAAUAAUUCGGUUAAAACUCGGGUAUAUUGUGUGAUAUGACUCUAGUGAGAACAAACGACGAGAACGCGUUACCAAUAAUGUUGGGUGUUCAACAACAUCAUCACCACCAUGUUGGUCACCACACAAAUCCUAUGAAUAAUACCAACAUUAAUGUUCAAAGUCAUCUUCGUAGCAAUGUUAUUGUUACGACUGGAAAUCAUUCCAAAAAAACAAAAAUCUAUCAAACUACGUCUUAUGGUACUGUGCCACAUCAACCAGCAUCUGUUGCAAGAAGAAACGCACGCGAACGCAAUCGCGUAAAACAAGUUAAUAAUGGCUUUGCAACACUCCGUCAGCAUAUACCACAAAGUGUAGCACAAGCUCUUGGUAGUAAUACUGUCGGUACUAAUGGUGGUUCAAGAGCUGGUAGUAAAAAACUGUCUAAAGUUGAAACCUUGAAAAUGGCAGUAGAAUAUAUAAAAAGUUUACAAAACAUGCUUGAUAAUAAUGGAAUCGGUUCGGAUAUGAUAAGUACAUCGUCAUUAUCAUCAGCUUCAUCAACGUGUGGGUCUACCUCAUUAAUUGAUCUUAAUACAACAGAAUUACAUUCUCCGAGUAUCCAAGAUAAACAUACUCAAGAACACAAUAUUAUUUAUGAAAAACAUCAUAUAAAAAACGAAAACUCAAAUACGACUUCAUUUGUACCACCACCUAGUUCAGAAGCAUCAAGUUCACCGACUCCAAGUUCUGUUUCUGAAACAUCAUCAGGUGGUAGCCAAGGUUUCGGUGGUAGUACUUCAACAGUUAUUUAUACAACACAUCAAGAUGUUUAUGAAAAUUAUGGACCAAUGAGUCCAGAAGAUGAAGAACUAUUGGAUGUCAUCUCAUGGUGGCAACAGAGUCAAUGAAAAUAAACGUCUGUUGUGUUUGUGUUUCUGGCUGUCACCAUUUACUAAGAAUUUGAGAUUCCCAAGAUGAACCGUAAGA